AUGCGAGGACGGCAGGGGACGCUAUGGCUGCUAGGCCUUCUGGCCGCCAGCCUAGCGGGGCCAGCACUAGCAAGCGAGCGCAACCAUCGCUAUGCGGACAAGGAGCCGGUUGUGCUGUGGGUAAACAAAGUGGGGCCCUUCAACAACCCACAAGAGACCUACAAUUACUACGCCCUGCCAUACUGCAAGGCGCGGCCUGAUGAGCCCGCCGAGCACAGCUGGGGCGGCCUUGGGGAGGUGCUGCAGGGCAAUGAACUAAUUCACAGCCAGCUGGACAUCAAGUUCAAGGUCCCGGUCCCGAAGACCCUGAUCUGCGAGAAGACGCUGUCGGACGACGACGUGUCUGAGUUCUCGGAGGCGAUCCGGCGGCAGUACUGGUUUGAGCUGUUCAUGGACGAGCUGCCGAUGUGGGGCUACGUGGGGGAGGUCAAGCACGGGGCCAAGGGGCAGCAGCCGGCCACGCUGCUGUACCCGCACUGGCAGCUGGACAUCAGCUAUAACGAGGACCAGCAGGAGUACGAGGAUGCAGCCCUGGCGCCGCAGCAGGAGCAGCAGCAUCAGCAGCGGCAGCAUGCCGUAGCAGCAUCUGCGAUC